CUAGUACUUGCAGUGCUGCUGUUUGACCUUACACACUCAAUGUAGUGUGGGCGGUACACGUAUUUUUAUAGCACCACAGAUCAUGUUUUAGCCCAGCUGCGAAGGCAGUUUUGUAUAGGUAGCAUACAUGUACAUAUGUACAUAUAUGUACUGUUUUUUCCGCGUUGGAAGGCAGCAGAACGGCAAGCAAGCGAGUGUGUGACAGAGAGCACAUUGUUCCUGAGUGGAGAUGGAAGAGACAAAGAGUCCGGAUGGUCCCCCGCCUCAUGACACCAGCCAGCAAGGGCAGCAGGGUCCGCAGCAACAAGCGCCCAAUCCGGAGCAGGUACCGCCACCCUAUUCCCAACAGGGACCAUACCCCCAGCCAGCCCCUGUCCCCGCCCCUGCCCCAGUCAUCACUGGCCAGCCCCUGCCACAGCAACAGCAGCCUGGCGCACAGUGGCAUCAGCAGCAGCCCACGGCGGUUGUGGUCAACGUGCCGGUCAGAUUCACCGCCUUUCCGAUGACCAUGCAGUGCCCCAAUUGUGGCAAUAGCAUCACCACUGAGACCAAGAAGCAAAACGGUAUUGCGACGUGGCUGACCGUCGGAGCCAUGUGCCUUUUUUUUUUUGGAUGUUUACUCUGCCCGCUUGGCUUGAUCGGUUUCUGCAUUCCUGCUCUGAAGGACACCAUUCACACCUGCCCAGUCUGCAAGUUUACCCUGGGAAGUCACAAACACCUGUAGACUUCCAGACUGAACCACAAGAAACACCAGACAUCGGUAUUCGUCUGGACGAUAAAUGCUAUGUCAAAAUUGCGCUGUAUGAGUUGUGUUGAGAC